CAUUGAAUCCCUCCGUAUAUUGGACCCUUGGCGCACCACGCCUCUCUUUUGUGAUUUUUGGUCUUUUUUAUUUUUUGUUCUCUCGAUACGCUGCUCACAAAGCAUCCAUCCAUACAACUUUCAGCAAGCUGGGCCGCCAAAACAACCCAAGAGACCCCGUUCCGCCUCUGCUCCUCCAACUUCCGUCUCAGGUUGUCAACGUUUCUCCUCUCGUUGCGUUUUUGUGGCCGCGCGUCCUUCCCGAUCACCCCGAGAUCACCAUCUGCUCAGCUGGCCAGCGUAUUCCCGACUUUCAAUUACCACAUCAUUUUGCUCGCCGAAUCGGCUUGACGACGACCCCGGGAUAUUCUUAUUUUAUUCUUUCCAUAAUCUUUUUUUCUAUUUUCUUCUUUUUUGGAAUAAAACUCCAUAUUGCACUCUUACUCUUUGGAGGCCCGUGUUGCACGAGCAUCGCAAUCGGAAGUUUUUAAAAUUAUACGACGGAGCAACCACACCAAGCUUUGAAGUUGUCUUAGGUACUAGCUUCCUCCCGAGGCCACAAGAUGGGCCGAAAUCGAGUCUUCUCGUUUAUAUCCCAAUUCUCGGCACUCCACAGGGAUUCAAAGACCCCGACGCCUGCGCCGUCACCCCCUAACGAUCUUCGUGUCCGUGACGACUCUGACCCCAAACCAUAUUCCCCGACCGUUUCCCUUCCAACUCCCGCUCCAUCACCACCUCAACUUCGAGACUCCCGCGAGCCCUCACCCGACAGACCGUCGCCUAUCUUUGAUAAAGUACCAGAGCCCGCCGUCGCCAGCUCUACCACGCCUGUUAACGAUCCAUUCGCACAAAGUGUUACGGGGAAACGACGGAGCAAUUCACGACCCUUGUCUAUGGCAUUGUCCUCGCAGCAGCCCCUCAUGGAAAGCAACGAGGAAAUCAUUCCCGAGCUCCAGCCCAUCUUUGCUUUACUCAGCAGUCAUGCGAACAAGUUGUAUCAGGAAGGAUAUUUCCUGAAGUUGGAUGACCAGGAUAUAAAGGGGAGACCAAAUCCGGACCGAACAUGGACAGAGUGCUUUGCCCAAUUGGUGGGCACAGUUCUGUCUCUUUGGGAUGCUGCCGAGCUUGAUGCCGCCGGAGAAGACGGUGAAGUCCUCCCCAAGUUCAUCAACCUCACAGACGCUUCCAUCAAAAUGAUUGAAUCGCUUCCGACAAGAUCAAGCGACGAACAGCCCCUCCAGAACAUUCUCAGCAUCAGCACUGCUGGGAGGAACCGAUACCUGCUGCAUUUCAACUCGCAUCAUUCUUUAAUCCAAUGGACGUCCGGCAUACGGUUGGCCAUCUUUGAGCAAUCCACCCUCCAGGAGGCUUAUACGGGGGCCCUGAUAGCUGGAAAGGGGAAAUCCCUAAACAACAUCGGCGUCAUCAUGGAACGAGCGAGAACACCUGUCCAAGAAUGGGUGCGGGUCAGAUUUGGAGCCGGUGUCCCUUGGCGACGCUGCUGGUGUGUCAUUGAGCCUCCGAGCGAGAAAGAAGUUCAAAAGGCCCAGAAGGAGUUUAAGAAGCGCUCCCCUUAUGAUCGCUCUCACGGUCCAGUACUGAAGGGCCAAAUCAAGUUCUACGACUCGAAAAAGGACGCAGAGAAGAAGAAGAAGCACUCGAAGCCCAUUGCAUCUAUCACCGACGCCUACGCAGCGUAUGCCAUUUACCCGCAGGCAAAGGCGUUGAUCGAUGGAUCGGCACUCGUCAAGAUCGAGGGAAGCAUCACCAUCCACUCGGAACCGCCAUCGUCGACAGAGGGCUUCGUCUUCAUCAUGCCUGAGGUCCACCCCGCCGUCUCCGGUUUCGAGAUGUUACUCCGAUUUUUGUUUCCCACGUGGGAUACUUUUGCACUAUACGGCCGCCCUGGCCGCCUAGUUGCUAGCGUGCUAGACCCACGUUCUCUGAUGUUUGCCAUGCCCAAGCACAAACGAUAUGGGUAUUUGGAACUUCUCGAUGUCAGCGGUCUCAUUCUGACUGACGGGAGCUCGGCGUGGACCGAGCAGCAGUGGAAGAAGAAAAUGAAGGAACUGACAGGGCAACGUAUGAAUGCCGUCGAAGAUGCACCUACGAGUCACAGUCGAAGCGCGAGUCGCAGUAGCAAGCGCUUAAGCUUUGGCCAGAAUCCAGCGUCCUCUUCUAAGCCACGUGUAGGUUUUUCGGAGGAGGCCGGUCCCGUUAGAUCAUCUCGGUCUCUCUCGCUGUCCAGGCCCUCCCAGAGAACGGACUCGGCGCCGCCGGAUCCCAAUCGGGAGCCCGUACCAUCGACAAUGGCCGGGCAUCCUCGUCAUUCCCGCAACAUCUCUGAUACACAACUUGCUCAUGCCGCAUCGGCUCAUGAAUUGGAUGGUCCCGGAGCCCCGCAGCCCAGUAUGCGAGGCCCUGAGCGCGCCAGAACCUUUGCUAGUGAUUUGGCAUCUACUCCCGAAAGAGUCAGCUCAGAGGAUGAGAGUGCCGUGAGGAGCCAAUUGACCAACGACCUCCAGGAGAUCCAACGGAUGCAGGCACCAGAGCCGGUUAACGCGCCACCGGCCUUUUCGCAUGGUGCAGGCUCUCGACCGCAACAAAAGCCGUACCAUUCACCCGAGAUGCGCAGAGCACACAAUCGUUUGUCAAACACCACGUUAUCGCAGAUAGCCACAGCAGGCGGGUUGCCUUCGGAUGCGGUCCCAAACGAAUUUGACAGAUACCCUGAACAAGGCAGAGGCCAAUCACAAGGGCAACCAGCGGUACAGCCACAAGCCAGCGUCAAACCAAUGAGGAUGAAUGCUAAUUUUAUUGGAACUCGUGAAGCUCUAACAUCACCUUCGCCGACGAACAACGGCCCCUCCGGUCCCUCCCCAGGGCUUACAUCGCCGCACAUGAAAUCGCCUCAAAACCCCUCGACGGCUUCGCUUACCCAUUCUCCCGAUAAUCCAGCCAGCGGCCGCGGCACUCCCCUAAUGACGAGUUACCCGGGAUCAACAACUGAGGGCCGACGUACCCCACCUCUUAGCCAAGGAUCGCCGCGAUCCAAUAUGCCAGGAAGAUCCCCACCGGUAACCAGGAAACCUCUUCCUCCAGGAUCGCCAGCCUUCCGUCGCUUAUCUGAAGACUCUGUCUCGUCACUGCCCGUUCGGUCGGGGUGCAGUUCCGGAGGCCUUCACCAGCAAGUCGAAGACGCCAAUCUGUGGUUAACUAUGCUUGAACGAAAAAAUAGCGUGCAAAGUUUUUCGGACAGCCGUUCCAUUGACGCUGCAUCUACAGCGAGCCCGGACUACGCAAGCACCCACAGAUCCACGGACACACAGGAAUCAGCAGACCGAGAACGACCACGUGCUGGAAUUCUGAAAGUCGUUGGUGAUACCUCCGUUUCCCCACAUGACGCAAACGGCAGCAGCAGUGGGAAGACUGACCUUGGGAUUAACAUCAAUUUUGGACCAACUUUCAACUAUUCGGCCAUGAAAAGUUCUUCCGCCAAGCCCACUGAAUCCAACGCACAACCAAGCCGGUUCUUUCCUCCCAACACCGGCAGAAAGUCACCGGGACCAGGCACUUCGUAUUCUCACUUCCGACAAGACUUGGAUGACACUAUCCGUCGAACUGUUCCCUGGCAGCCUGGCUCUGGUGUGAAGGCUACUGCAGCUCACAAUGCUGUUUCUCCCGAACAGUUUGUACAACAACGCGCGGCUGCUCCUCCCAUUCCCGUAUUCGUACAUCAACGCAGCCCGUCGUCCCAAACAAUCACCGACCUGAGAGCAACAGCCCCUUCCUCGCCCCUAAAACGACCCGGCGUCCACGGCGGUGCGCAUUCAAGACACAAUUCUGCCGAACUACUCUCGUCAGGGCGCCCUGUAAGCCGUGGCCUGGUAGCCGUUCUGUCGAGUGCUGAGGUCUCGUCUCAUCUAUCUGCUCGUGAGCAAGAAUAUGUUGCUCGGGCCACUGGAACCCCAUUGAUUGCGAUGGCUAGCAAUAAAAGUGAGCCCCAACCCAAAAGCGGCCUCGUAGGUGCGAUACAACAAAGGGAAAGAGAAAGAGCGCACAUGAGGCAAGGAGUAAGUGGUCAAGCUGUUGCGCACGCCAUUGACCAGAGACAACGAGAGCAAAACCAACAAGCACAACGGGUAGCGCAGCAGGCUCCAUUUGCCCAACAGCAGGCACAUCGGUUUUCUGGGCAUUUGAGCAACGGUGCCGCUUCAGUGUACAAAUUCGGUACGAGUGGCUUGGAUAACGUGUACAGGGUUCAUACGGGGCGUAGUCAGCCUCUACAGCCUGACAACGGCUACGAAUCCCGACAGGCUAGACCUCGCUCCGAGCUCCUGGCGCAGCGCAGCUCAUAUGCCCUCGGUGACCCCACUGCCGCAGGACACGGAGGAGGCAGCGCUGUCGGGGUAGGUCCUCCCAUGGAUAGUCCACAUGGUUCGUACCCUCUUCAGUCUCCUUCAAGCUACAAUGUUGGUGGUCAGAAUGGCCAGGCUCAGUUUGCGUUCUUCGGUCGACAUUGAAUGGUCAGCAUGUGCCAGGUGUAGUGCCCGACAGGCCGAUAACACCAGGUUACCUACAAUAUUAUGGUUAAGCAUUUUAGGCUUGGAGGACAGUUGAGGUUUUGGGCGAGACGAUAUGUGGGUUAGAAUUAAACGGAGGCGAGUACUUGUUCGAACUUGCAAUAUUUCUUUUUUCUUUUUUUUUUUUUUAGUACAUUGUUUGGCGUAAGGUUUUUUGGAAUGGCUACUACUCAUAUGGGCGUGGGGUUUGGGGGUUAGUAAUAGAUGACCUGGGAAUUGUACAAGUCACCUGGUUUAUUAGCAGGUUGGGAAAUCCUCGGCUGUUGGUAUCAUUGUCAGAUUUGCAUAAGUCAUGGCGUGUUGGUUAGGAUGGGUUUGAAAACCUUGCUACAGUUGUGUCGAAUACUAAUAAUUUGUUCUUGUUAUCUGUCAUACGCUUGUCUGUUCCCACUGGCUCUGGAGAGUUUUGGGUUAUAUCAUCAGGAAGCCUUGGAGCAGCCUUGGAGCAUUGCAAGGUACACGUCUUUGGAUAGUCUUAGGUCAUCUUGCAGGGGGUGAUCAGGG